GUCCCAGCCGCCCGGGCCGUGAGCGCAGGCGGCCCUGCCACCGCACCUGCUGGGCGCUCGCUCACUGCUCGCACCCGAGCGCCACUGCUCGCACCCAGCCCUUCCCCACUGUCGUCGCGCGGUCGAUGACUCCCCAGACCCCUGGCCGACGACCAUGACCACAUCCCUGCAAGGUGGGCAGAGCGCUGCCGGCCGGGCGGCCUCCCAGGACUCGCCGCUGGCCGGGCAGGUGUGCCGCGUUGCCCAGGGCAGGGGCGACGCCCAUGACCCGGCGCGGGUCCCCGGACUGCACGCGCUGUCGCCCGCCUCCGACGCGACCCGCUUCGGUGCUGCAGACAGGAGAAAAAAGAACGAUCUGGAUGUUCUGGAAAUGCCGUCUAUUCCCAACCCCUUUCCUGAGCUGUGCUGUUCUCCGAUUACCUCUGUGCUGUCGGCAGGCCUGUUUCCCAGAGCAAACUCAAGGAAGAAGCAGGUGAUUAAAGUCUUCAGCGAGGAUGAGACCAGCCGGGCGUUAGAAGUGCCCAGCGACAUCACCGCCCGAGAUGUUUGCCAGCUGUUGAUCCUGAAGAACCACUAUGUGGAUGACAACAGCUGGACCCUUUUUGAGCACCUGGCUCACACCGGUGUAGAAAGAACAAUAGAAGACCAUGAGCUGGUGGUUGAAGUGCUGUCUCACUGGGGGAUGGAAGAAGACAAUAAGCUGUAUCUUAGAAAAAAUUAUGCCAAAUAUGAGUUUUUUAAGAACCCAAUGUAUUUCUUUCCAGAGCACAUGGUGUCUUUUGCAACUGAGACCAAUGGUGAAAGAUCCCCUACACAAAUGCUGCAGGUGUUUUUAAGUUCAAGCACAUAUCCCGAAAUCCAUGGCUUUCUACAUGCAAAAGAACAAGGAAAGAAGUCUUGGAAAAAAGUUUACUUUUUUCUGAGGAGAUCUGGUUUAUACUUUUCUACUAAAGGUACAUCAAAGGAACCACGACAUUUGCAGUUUUUCAGCGAAUUCAGCACUAGUAAUGUUUACAUGUCACUGGCGGGCAAAAAAAAGCACGGAGCACCGACUGCCUAUGGAUUCUGCUUUAAGCCUCACAAAGCAGGAGGGCCCCGGGACCUGAAAAUGCUCUGUGCGGAGGAAGAGCAGAGCAGGAUGUGCUGGGUGACCGCCAUUAGAUUGCUAAAGUAUGGAAUGCAGCUGUACCAGAAUUACAUGCACCCAUACCAAGGUAGAAGUGGCUGCAGUUCUCAGAGCAUACCACCCAUGAGAAGCAUAUCGGAGAACUCCCUAGUAGCAAUGGACUUCUCGGGUCAGAAGAGCAGAGUCAUAGACAACCCCACGGAAGCGCUUUCCGUUGCCGUUGAGGAAGGGCUCGCUUGGAGGAAAGGAUGUUUACGCCUGGGGAAUCACGGCAGCCCCACGGCCCCCUCGCAGAGCUCGGCUGUGAACAUGGCUAUCCAUCGGUCCCAGCCAUGGUUUCAUCACAGAAUUUCUCGAGACGAAGCUCAGCAACUGAUUAUCCGGCAGGGGCCUGUGGACGGAGUUUUCUUGGUACGGGACAGUCAGAGUAACCCCAGAACUUUUGUACUGUCAAUGAGUCAUGGACAAAAGAUCAAACACUUUCAAAUCAUACCCGUGGAAGAUGAUGGUGAGUUGUUCCACACCCUGGAUGAUGGCCACACAAGAUUUACAGAUCUCAUCCAGCUGGUGGAGUUCUACCAGCUCAACAAGGGAGUCCUUCCUUGCAAGUUGAAACAUUACUGUACUAGGAUGGCCCUUUAGCCAAACUGUAUGUGACUCAAAAAAAAAAUGGAAGAAAAAGGAUACAAGAGAAGAAUGUUUAAGGAGAAAAAUAAAAAAUAGGCUGAAAAUAAACCAUGGUGAAAAAAAUUGAGUUACAAGAAUGGUCAUGCAUUGAAACUUAGUGAAGACUUGGAUUGGUAUUAUACUCAUUACUUAAAAUUUAUUAGUUAAAAUUAAACCUUAGUAAAAAAAAUACUUGCUUGUGUUUUGUGUGAUUAUACAUUCCUAUAGUAUUU